AUGAAUUCCAAGCGACAAUAUUUGUUCAUUUCGACAAUAAACAUUUCCUUGCGUCUAUUUUUCUACGAACGAGCGUCAGGCUUUUUUUGUCGUUGUUGUUUCUUUCAUGCGUUUCUCUUCCUCUUUCUUCUUCUCAUCCUGGUUCUCCUUUCAUUUCUUUCUUUCUUUUGUUCCUUCACUAGUUUCGUUUGCAUAUUUUUCAUUUCUACUUUUCUACCCUAUUAUCUUCUUCUUCUUCUUCUUCUUCUUCUUCUUCUUCUUCUUCUUCUUCUUCUUCUUCUUCUUCUUCUCCUUCUUCUUCUUCUUCUACUUCUUCCGCCUCCUCCUCCCCCUCCUCGUCUUUUAUUUCUCUUCUUCUUGUUUUUCUUCUUCUUCAUUUCAUGUUUCAAUCCCCCCUCUCUCUCUGUCCUGUUAAUCCUUUUCCUCCUCAGUCUAAUAUUUAUCCAUAUUUUUCCUUGGUCUCUUUUCUCGCUUUAUUUGCUUUUCCAAUUUCUAACCUGUUUCCUUCAUCACAACCGUCUCAUUAAAUAUUCUUUUGUAUUUUCCCGCCCAUUUUUUUCUUUCUCUAUUUUUCUCUGUCUCGCUCUUUCUUUCUCUCUAUCUCUCUUUCUUUCUCUUUCUCUCUCUCUUUCUUUCUUUUCCAUUCUACUUUUUUUUACUUCUUUAAUUCUUUCUGACUUUUGCUUCGUUGCACUUUUUUCACACCACCUUUGA